AUGUCAGAUCCACUUGCUUCCUUUAUGCCUGCCCCAUUCAGUGAUGAUCCUGAAGUGAUCAGAAAACGAGAUCUCAUUGAUUACUCUACUCAAAUCACUCUAGAAGCUGCGAAAUCUGGAGAUAUAAGCCGACCGGUCCGUGUGUAUGCAGACGGUGUUUAUGAUAUGUUUCAUUAUGGUCAUGCGAAUCAAUUUCUGCAAAUAAAACAAGCCCUUCCCAAUGUUUAUUUGGUCGUUGGGGUUUGUUCCGAUGAAGAAACGCUGAAAUACAAAGGAAGAACAGUGCAACCAGAAGAAGAAAGAUAUGAAGCAAUUCGUCAUUGUAGAUAUGUGGAUGAAGUAUUUAAAGCAUCUCCGUGGACUUGUCCAAUUCCUUUUUUGAAAGAAUUAAAGAUAGACUUCAUGUCUCAUGACGCUCUUCCAUAUCAGGGACCACUCGGAGAAGAUAUUUAUGAGAAACAUCGAGAAGCUGGAAUGUUUUUAGAGACGCAGAGAACAGAAGGAAUAUCGACAAGUGACUCAAUUUGUAGAAUCAUCCGGGAUUACGAUACCUAUGUUCGCAGAAAUUUGCAGAGAGGUUACUCUGCGACUGAUUUGAAUGUUGGCUUCUUUACGACGAGUAAAUACGUCAUCCAGGAUACAGUAUUCGAAGUUCAAAAGAUGGGGCGUGGCCUACUUCAAACUUGGAAAUCGAAAUCUGACUAUUUGAUCGAUGGAUUUGUGAAAACGUUUGCCGGCGAUGCCACAAAUAUUCCACCGCCAAAACCAGAAGAUUUGGAAAACGUUGAAAUUUGA